GCUCAUACGCAAUACAGAGGCGCACAGCACAACAUCAUACACACUCGUCUUGACCGCGAGUAUAGUGACAUCAGAUCGCUCGGCCGUAGCGAUCCAAUAUACCUCCUGGUUUUUUUUCUUUUCGCUUCUCGCAGUCCCACUACUGCUCGCUGCUGCUGCUGUUGACUACAUAGCCUACUGCUGCGUCAUUUGCCGAAAAAUGGCAGAACCCUCGAUGGUUUUGAACAUGGUGAAAGAUCCGACAAACAAUGUAUUCUACGACAUGGAAGGAGAACGCGAUGAAAACAGUUCGACGACAUCUCAUUCAAAAAAUCCGCAGAGAAGCGAGAGCCCGUUGUACGGCGCCGAAAAUCCAGACGCAAAAAUCAAUGAAAAUUCCGGCCUACGUGCGAUACAGCAAGAAUUGCCCAAUGAAAUAUCAGCUCCUUAUGAGGUGCCGCAGUUCCCCAUUGAACAGAUUGAAAAGAAAUUGCUCAUACAGCGACAGUUGACCGUCAAAGCCGCAAAGGACCUGGAAGAGCGUCGAAGCCAUUAUGAGCCAUCGUUGGGCCCGUUUCCCGACGAGACCGAUCAUCACUUUCCCCUUGAAGAAAAUGACUUUGUACCUCACUUUCAACGAGUAUCCAUAUCUGGAGAGGACACCUCGGGGGUGCCGCUCGAAGAUUUGCAAAGAGCCUCGCACAUGUUGGUGCAAGCCUUGGCUAUUAGAGAAAAAUACAUGAACAACUCGAAACAGACCUUCCCGAGCAUAACGUCAAGGUUUCUGCGCAGUAUCGAUAAAAAACCGGUUAACGCGGACGACGAGGUGCAGCACGACGAUCGGCAAACCAUCGAGGACCAUCCCGUGCACGCGCCGGCCUCGCGAGGCGAUCCCUGGGCCUGCGAGUUUCCCCCCAGCAAGAACUACAAGAUCGCCUCGGUCAACGGGGUGUUCAACGUGUUCGCCUCAGAGGACGACUUGGCCAAGCAGAAGCCGGUCCCGUACGCGUACCCCGAUCUGGCGAAUUUCGUGCGCGACAUGAACCUGCUCUGCACCAUGAUCGCCGAUGGGCCGCUCAAGUCCUUCUGUUAUCGAAGAUUGAGCUACUUGUCGUCCAAGUUUCAGCUGCACGUACUUCUCAACGAGUUGCGCGAGCUCGCCAGUCAGAAGGCCGUGCCCCACAGAGAUUUUUAUAACAUCAGGAAAGUCGACACCCACAUUCACGCGGCCUCCUGCAUGAAUCAAAAACACCUGCUGAGAUUCAUCAAGAAGACGCUGAAAAAUCACGCGGAUCAGGUUGUCACUUGCUCGAAGAACGACGAGAAAAUGACUUUGCACGAGGUUUUUCAAUCGAUGAAUUUGACCACUUACGAUCUCAGUGUUGAUAUGCUCGAUGUCCAUGCAGACAGAAACACUUUUCACAGAUUUGACAAAUUCAACGCCAAGUAUAAUCCGAUCGGAGAGAGCAGAUUGAGAGAAGUUUUUCUGAAAACCGACAACUACAUCGACGGCACAUUCUUUGCCAACAUAAUAAAGGAAGUGGCGAGUGACUUGGAGGAAUCAAAAUAUCAAAAUGCAGAGUUGAGGCUAUCCAUCUAUGGCAAAAGUCCUGAGGAAUGGGAUAAGUUGGCCAAGUGGGCGAUCCAGAGUGACGUUUACUCGGACAAUGUUCGAUGGCUUAUACAAAUACCCAGACUAUACGAUAUCUUCAAGUUGAACAAGUUAAUGACAAAAUUCCAAGAGAUUUUGAACAAUAUUUUCUUGCCCCUGUUCGAGGUAACGAAUGACCCACAAUCUCAUCCAGAAUUGCAUAAAUUUCUUCAAUACGUCAUUGGAUUUGAUUCAGUGGACGACGAAAGCAAACCAGAAAAUCCUCUAUUUGAUAAGGACGUUAAUACACCAGAGAAUUGGACUGACAUUGAAAAUCCGCCUUACGCUUAUUACCAGUAUUACACUUAUGCUAAUAUGACAGUUCUCAAUCAGUUCAGAGCAGAUCAAGAUCUCAACACGUUUGUUUUGCGACCGCAUUGUGGCGAGGCUGGGCCAAUACAGCAUCUGGUGUGUGGUUUCAUGAUGGCUGAAAACAUAUCCCACGGUUUGUUACUUAGGAAAGUGCCAGUAUUACAGUAUUUAUAUUACUUAGCUCAGAUCGGAAUCGCCAUGUCGCCACUGAGUAACAAUUCGCUCUUCUUGAAUUACCAUCGCAAUCCCUUGCCCGAAUAUCUUGCCAGAGGCUUGUGCGUCAGUCUGUCGACAGACGAUCCUUUGCAAUUUCACUUCACCAAAGAACCCCUCAUGGAGGAGUACAGCAUUGCAGCUCAGGUGUGGAAGCUCAGCUCCUGCGAUAUGUGUGAGCUUGCCAGGAAUUCAGUUAUAAUGAGUGGUUUUCCCCACAAGAGCAAGCAAUACUGGUUGGGACCUAACUACACAAAAGAGGGUGUCGCAGGUAACGACAUUACACGCACCAACGUACCGGAUAUUAGAGUGGCCUACCGAUACGAAACUCUGGUCGACGAGCUGUCCAAUAUAUUCAAAGUCGUGGAGAAGCCAGAUGUUUUCUAGCAUUCGGCCAACAAAUUUAUUCUCUAAUUAUUUAAAUAAACUAAUUUUUGUCUUUUAAAAACGCUGUUAUUAACGACUAUAAUAGUACAUUAUAUAUUGUAUUAUAUUGUAUCAUGUGAUUGUUUAUGUACAUGUUAUAUAGAUGCAAGUGUUUUACCAAUACUUCAUUUUAUACUAGAAUCGUGUAUUUAUUAUUAUGACUUGAGAAUGAACUGUUGUUAAAAUGGACGUUUUGCGUAGAUAAUAUUUCUUUUAAUUAUAAACAUAUUAACUGCCGCGAGUCGAUGUAUUGGCAAUAAUUUAUGGCGAGCAUAAAUAAUUGUAUCAAGUAAUUAUUAAGUCAAGUUAAGUCUUAGUAAAGGUGCGAAUUUACUACAGAAAUAUUAUGUCUACGAAAUUGUUUUCAAAUUCGUACUCGUAUUCGGUAACAUUAUAUUUUGCCGGAAUAUAUUUUACCGCAUAUAUCAUAUCAUUAUAACUAUGAAACUUGAGAGUUUUUCAGUAAUUUUAAUAAACAAAAAAAGUUGAAAUAAUAAA